AUUAUAUGCCAUAUUUGAGUAUAAUUUUUUUAUCUAAUAAUACACGUCCCUGUUAACUAUUUCACAUCCCGUCUACCACCGUUUGGCGCCUACGUGCAGUUAGCUUCUGCUGCUUAUUGCAGCUUCUAAUUAGCGUGUAGCUAUCAGCUCUAUUUUCUAUGACGAUUUUAUGGAACCAUGCAAUAGCUACAGGGCAAUUCCAUGUUAACGGAAUUACGCUGAGACUCAGAUUUUUCACUUUAAAAUGUAUGCUAAACAAAAACAUUUACUGGAACAAGAGUGUAGAAGCAAAGUUUGUUAAUAGAAUUACAGUAAAUCUAUUUUGGUUAUUGAACUACAGUAAGUGAAGUAACCGAAAUACAGUAAUGAAAUUACAUCAUGGGUCCCUGAUAUGUACUACACAGAAAUGCAUAAUUUAUGGAUAUGAAUUAGAGGUCGAUUAUGAUUUUUUUCAACGAUUAUUGGAGGACCAAAAAAAGCCAAUACCGAUUAAUCGGCCAAUUUUUUAAAAAUAUUUAUUUUAAUUUUAUUUGUAAUAAUGACAAUUACAACAAUACUGAAUGAACACUUAUUUUAAUAUAAUACUUAAUAUAAUACAUCAAUAAAAUCAAUUUAGCCUCAAAUAAAUAAUGAAACAUGUUCAAUUUGGUUUAAAUAAUGCAAAAAGAAAGUGUAGGAGAAGAAGGUAAAAGUGCAAUAUGUGCCAUGUAAGAAAGCUAACGUUUUUAAGUUCCUUGCUCAGAACAUGAGGACAUAUGAAAGCUGGUGGUUACUUUUAACAUGAGUCUUCAAUAUUCACAGGUAAGAAGUUUUAGGUUGCAGUUAUAGGAAUGAAAGGACUAUUUCUCUCUAUACGAUUUGUAUUUCAUAUACCUUUUGACUAUUGGAUGUUCUUAUAGGCACUUUAGUAUUGCCAGUGUAACAGUAUAGCUUCCAUCCCUCUCCUCGCCGCUACCUGGGCUCGAACCAGGAACACAUUGACAACAGCCACCCUCGAAGCAGUGUUACCCAUGCAGAGCAAGGGGAACAACUACUCCAAGUCUCAGAGCGAGUGACGUUUGAAACACUAUUAGCGCGCACCCCGCUAAAUAGCUAGCCAUUUCACAUCGGUUACACCAGCCUAAUCUCGGGAGUUGAUAGGCUUGAAGUCAUAAACAGCUCAAUGCUUGAAGCAUUGUGAAGAGCUGCUUGCAAAACGCACGAAAGUUCUGUUUGAAGGAAUGCUUACGAGCCUGCUGGUGCCUACCAUCGCUCAGUCAGACUGCUCUAUUAAAUAAUAGACUUAAUUAUAACAUAACACACACAAAUACGAGCCUUAGGUCAUUAAUAUGGUCGAAUCUGGAAACUAUAAUUUCGAAAACAAUACAUUUAUUCUUUCAGUGAAAUACGGAACCGUUCUGUAUUUUAUCUAACGGGUGGCAUCCAGAAGUCUAAAUAUUGCUGUUACAUUGCACAACCUUCAAUGUUAUGUCAUAAUUACGUAAAAUUCGGACAAAUUAGUUCGCAAUGAGCCAGGCGGCCCAAACUGUUGCAUACACCCUGACUGCGUGCAAUGAUCGCAAGAGAAGUGACACAAUUUCACCUGGUUAAUAUUGCCUGCUAGCCUUUCUUUUAGCUAAAUAUGCAGGUUUAAAAAUAUAUACUUCUGUGUAUUGAUUUUAAGAAAGGCAUUGGUGUUUAUGGUUAGGUACAUGUUGGAGCAACGACAGUCCUUUUUCGUGAAUGCGCACCGCAUUGAUUAUAUGCAACGCAGGACACGCUAGUUAAACUAGUAAUAUCAUCAACCAUGUGUAGUUAACUAGUGAUUAUGUGAAGAUUGUUUUUUAUAAGAUAAGUUUAAUGCUAGCUAGCAACUUACCUUUGCUUCUUACUGCAUUCGCGUAACAGGCAGGCUCCUCGUAAGGCAGGUGGUUAGAGCGUUGGACUAGUUAACCGUAAGGUUGCAAGAUUGAAUCCCUGAGCUGACAAGGUUCAAAUCUGUCGUUCUGCCCCUGAACAAUGCAGUUAACCCACCGUUCCUAGGCCAUCAUUGAAAAUAAGAAUGUGUUCUUAAUAAAUCAUUUUGUGACUAGGGGGCAGUAUUUUCAUUUUUGAAAAAAUAACGUGCCCGUAGUAAACGGGAUAUUUUGUCAGGACAAGAUGCUAGAAUAUGCAUAUAAUUGACAGCUUAGGAUAGAAAACACUCUAAAGUUUCCAAAACUGUAAAAAUAUUGUCUGCGAGUAUAACAGAACUGAUGUUGCAGGCGAAAGCCUGAGAAAAAUCCAAUCUGGAAGUGCCUCAUGUUUUGAAAGCGCUGCGUUCCAAUGCGUCCCUAUUGAGCAGUGAAUGGGCUAUCAACCAGAUUACUUUUUCUCCGUAUUACCCAAGGUGUCUACAGCAUUGUGACAUAGUUUUACGAAUUUAUGUUGUAGAAUACCCGUAAGCGGCUACAUUGCGCAAGUGGUCACCUGAUGCUCCCAGAGAGAUUCUCGCGUAAAAUACAGAGGUAGCCAUUAUUCUAAUCGGUCCUAAUUGUACCGGUGGAUAUAUUAUCGAAUAGAUAUUUGAAAAACACCUUGAGGAUUGAUUAUAAACAACGUUUGCCAUGUUUCUGUCGAUAUUAUGGAACUAAUUUGUAAUAUUUUUCGGGGUUUUCGUGACUGCAAUUUCCGGGCAAUUUCUCAGCCAAACAUGAAGAACAAAUGGAGCUAUUUUGCCUACAAAAAUAAUAUUUUGGGAAAAAAGGAACAUUUGCUAUCUAACUGGGAGUCUCGUGAGUGAAAACAUCCGAAGCUCAUCAAAGGUAAACAAUUUAAUUUGAUUCCUUUUCUGAUUUCCGUGACCAAGUUACCUGCUGCUAGCUGGACAAAAUGCUAUGCUAGGCUAUCGAUAAACUUAAACAAAUGCUUGUCUAGCUUUGGCUGUAAAGCAUAUUUUGAAAAUCUGAGAUGACAGGGUGAUUAACAAAAUGCUAAGCUGUGUCUCAAUAUAUUUCACUUGUGAUUUUCAUGAAUAGGAAUAUUUUCUAGGAAUAUUUAUGUCCGUUGCGUUAUGCUAAUUAGUGUCAGUCGAUGAUUACGCUCCCUCAUGCGGGAUGGGGAGUCACUAGAGGUUUUUAACUGACUUGCCUCGUCAAAUAAAUUUGUAAAAAAUUAAAUAAAAAUCGGCAUCCAAAAAUACAGAUUUCCGAUUGUUAUGAAAACUUGAAAUCGGCCCUAAUUAAUCGGCCAUUCCGAUUUAAUCGGUUGACCUCUAAUAUGAAUGUAAUUUUCUUUAUUGUGAUUCAUCCUGAAUAGGUACACAAAGGUAAAAAUAUGCAAUAUCAUCCUUUGCAUAUAUGGGUAUCAUUCUACACACUGGCUAUUAUUCGAAUGAGCUCCGCCCACAAACAAGACCAAAUCUGAACCAAUCAUAAACGUCUAUGUUUCACAAGUUUGGACAUUACAAUAGAGUACAGUACAUUACUGUGCUCUACUGUACAGAACUCUACUGUACUAUACUCUACUUUUCUUCAUUGUACUGUGCUGUCCAAUCUUGUGAAACAUAGACGUUUAUGAUUGGUUCAAAUUUGGUCCGAUCACCAAUCAUGGACGUCUGUGUUUGGGUCAAAUCAAGGCCGGCCCUGACUGGCCCCCAAAAUGACGUAUGUGGACGUUGACAUUUCAACUACUUUUCAACGUCCAUGGACUUCCGGUGCUCAGUGGGUGCGGAUGCUGUUUACAGUUUUAGUAGUCGUCAGUAAGAACCGGGAGAGGUGAUAUUAACUAGAGAGAGAAGAGGGAGAGGUUGUCCAGACUGAUUUCACACUCUCGCUUUGACCACCAGACAACAGAAAGAGACAAACAGUUAUGAGCUGAACAUAACAGUAUGCCAGUGGAAGGGAGGACAUUAUGAUUUGAUUUCUCAUUGUGUUCAAUUCAAUUGCUGUAAUUCCGUUACUGUUUUUUCUGUAAUUAUGUUACCAAUUUGGUAACAGAAUUACGAGUUAUAAUCACUAAAUAAUUCAGAAACUGUAAAAAACACAAACUAAUUGGUAGGUCUACCUUGUUGCUUCUGUGAACUUUGGAUUUUGGUAACGGAAUUACAAGGCACAAGGCAGUGUUUUAAGAAGGCAACCUACAUUUUAGUUUUGGAGAAAUUAUUUAAGUGUUGUUUACCUAAAUAUUACUUCAACAUUAUUGUGUUUUGAUGUAUUUCUAAUCCCUUUUUUAAUAAGGCUUAUCUGGUAAAUCUAAGACCUCUUUCCAUCUGUUUGACCAGCAAGCAAUUACUAGAAACAUUUAUCUAUGACUUCAUUUGACACCAAUUUUGAUAUAUAUAUUUUUUGUUAUUCAUUUUUAAUUGUAUUUAUUUAACCCUUAGAUGACUGAGAAGACAUUCUCAUUUACAGCAACGACCUGGGAUUUGUUACAGGGGAGAAGAGGGGCGAUGAGUGAGCCAAUUGCUCCCUCCCUGUUGUCCUGACAUCACAGAACAUCAUAGUGAGAGACCUGAGGAAAGAGGCUAGCUACUUUACAAAUCAUUGUUACUGGUUCAAGCCCUAAAACUCACAACACACUGUUUGCUCACUAACAGACAUCAGUCUUCAGUUCAACAAUCGAGGCACACUUGUAUCAAGAUCGUUACACAGAGCUAUAACUCAGACCAGGACAGGAGCCUUUUUCUCAUUCAUUGAAUUGUGCUGACUAACACACACGGUCCUACAACAACCGCCUUGCAGUAGUCAUGGAUGACCAGCAGGAGGACCCAGAGGGCAUGUACGACGUGCAGCACCAGUACAUGUGCAGCGAGUGCCACCAGCUCUUCAACACCCUAGAAGAAGUGCUGAUGCACCAGCAGAUCCACACAGGGCAGGAGGGAGAAGAGGGGGAGGCUGGGGAGGCCAUGGCCAUCCAGGGCAUCUCAGAGUACGGGGACAGCCAGUAUCAGUGCCUGGAGUGUGGUGCCCUCCUCAGGAACCCAGAUGAACUGCUACUGCACCAGGAGCUGCACAUGAGAGAGGCAGGGUUGGAGACAGAGGACCAUGAACUGUGUGAGGUGUUGGAGACAGACGAGGCAGGGACAGAGGGCCAGGUGUCGGGGCCUGUCCAGUACCAGUGUCUAGACUGCCUGGCCCUGUUUGACUCUCCAGAGGUGUGGCUGGCCCACAGACAGACCCACAGCAAGAGCAGCACACACAGUGCCACAGAGACUGAGUAUGUGUUGCAGCCCGAUGGUACUGUGACACCCUUGGUCAGUGUUCAGAACUUUGUCUUGAGUGAACAACAAGCUGGGGAGAUCUUAGCACAGGUCCUGGCCCAACAACAACAACAUCAGUCUGCCCCCCAGCCCUCGACCCCCUCCCGGGCCACCUUCCCACCCCCCGUCUCCCCCCUUCCCGGCUCGGCCACCAUGCGUCUCCAGAUCUGCAGUGCCCAGGCCCUGGCCGAUGGCUCCAGUACCCCCGGCCUACGGCGCGCCAAGCUGCUACCCCCUCUGCUCACUCCUCUAGGGGUGGGCUCGGUAGGAAAGCUGGGGGUUCCAGAGAGUGGCCUCCAGAGACUGGAGGUGGCGCUGUCUGCUGUCCGGGAGGAGAAAGAGCAGCAGGGGGAGGUGGUGAUCUUCCACCCCUAUGAGUGCUCCGAGUGUGCCCUCCUCUUCCAGACCCCAGAGGACUUCCUGCAACACCAGGGGGAGCACUUCCUGGCCCAGGAGAAGGAGAGCAGUGAGGACGGGGUGAUGAUGGGAUACGAGGAGGACAGAGGCAGGGAGGAGGAGAGAGUGGAGGAGAAUGGGGGGAGGGUGGCAGAGGAGAGGGGGAAGGGAACAGGGAGACGUGCCCUGGCUAAAAGAUCUAGAAACACACCCCUAUGCCUGCACUGCAGCCAAUGCCAGCGUACAUUCACGUCAGCCAAUCGGCUGGCGGCACACAGGCGCGUGCACGAGCAUGGCACAUACGAGUGUCGGGAGUGCGACAAGGUGUUUAAGAAGGCGACGUCACUGCAAACACACAUGCGCUCUCACUCCGGGGAGGCUCGGUAUCUGUGUGUGGACUGUGGUCACGGCUUCAACACAGAGAUGAUCCUCAUCAUACACAGGAAGUCUCACACAGCAGAGCCGCUCCACAGGUGUGAGCACUGUGCCAAGACCUUCACCAAUAUGACCAAGUUCCUGUACCACCGUAGAACACACACCACCAAAGCAGCCACCACUACACCUACCCCCGUCGUCCUGGUCCCAGCGGCCCCCAGGAGGAUGUCCCUGUCAGCCCUGUCCAUCCUUCAGAGAGCCCGGGCCCUGAGGGAGAGGGGUGAGGGCAGCCCCAUGGAGGGGGACGAGGAGAACCUGAUGGCCCCCCUUACUGAGGCUGAGAUGGAGAUAGGCGAGUCGGGGGAGGACACUGCCUCCAGCUCUCUGAGCAGGGCAGAGGGAGGAAAGGAGAACAGGGUGGAUGUGGAGGGGACACCAGGGGGCAGUGGAGAGUCCCAACCGGGAGAACAUACUGCUGAUCCUGGUUCCUCUACUGACCCUAACCUCGCUGGUCCCUGGGGCGCGUUCCCCUGCCCCUCCUGCCCUCAGGUUUUCCCCUCUCUGCUCCGCCUGGUCAAACACCGCCAUACGGCCCACGUCUCCGAGCGACACUUCAAGUGCUCCGUGUGCACCAAGACCUUCAAGAAGCAGAUGCACCUACGCAACCACCUGCGCACACACACCGGCGAGCGGCCCUUCCAGUGCUCAGACUGCGGAAAGACCUUCUCGUCCCUGGCCAACCUGUCUCGCCACAACCUCACCCACUCUGGCGUGCGCCCCUACCGCUGCGACAUCUGCCACCGGACAUUCACCCAGUCAUCCAACCUCCGGCAGCACCGCCUACUCCAUGCCAACCUCCCUCCCUGUCCCUGCCCGGACUGCCCCGCCACCUUCGUACGGCCGGCCAAGCUAGCCGCCCACCGCUACACUGUUCACCCGGGGGCCCCGGCCCCGUUCUCCUGCCCCCAAUGCCAGGCUGGCUUCCUGCACAGGAGGAAGAGAGACCGCCACUGUCAGGAGGUCCACCCCACUGAGGCCCAGGCAGACAGAGAGGGAGGGUUAGAGAGCCAGCCCCAAGUGUGCCCUGACGGGGAGCCCCUCUCAGAGCCCUCCACCUCAGAAGACACCGGGACCACCAGCAUCAUGAGAGGGGGCCUGGACUGCACUGUGUGUGGGAAGAAGCUCAACUCUGCAGCCAACUGGCGUCUGCAUCAGCUGAGCCACGGCCUGGUUCCUGGUCGGUCCUGUGGUGGUGCAGUGGCCAGGGGUAAAUCCCACCAGUGCCUAACCUGCGGUAAGCUGUUUGUCUCCUCCUCUGGCGUGACCUUGCAUCAGCGCAUCCACACAGGAGAGCGCCCCUUCCCCUGCAACCUGUGUGGCAAGCGCUUCCGGCAGAACACGCACCUGCGAGAGCACCUGCGCACGCAUACAGGGGAGCGACCGUUCCGCUGCGAAAUAUGUGACAAGGGCUUUGUCCAGAGCAUGCACCUGGCGGAGCACCGGCGUACACACACAGGGGAGCGCCCCCACGCCUGUCUGGUGUGCGGCAAAGCCUUCAAGUCCUUCUCCAACCUGCGGAACCACAGGAAGACCCACGCACGCCAGCAGAGGCAGGAGGAGGCGGCCGCAGCACAGGUUGCCAUGGAGACCAACGCCGCCGUGGCGCUAGUGGAGGCAUCCCAGGUGGAACUGGCUAAUGGGCAGCCUCAGCUGUUCCACAUACAGACGUCGACCCUACAGCAGACCCAGGGUACUCCCACCAUCAUGUGUAAUGAGUUUGGGGAGACCAUCGCCAUCAUAGAGACCAGUGAGGGAGGAACCCUACCCCUGGCUGAGGCUAUAGAGAUCUACCACACAGCCCUGGAGAACAGUCUGGGGAUGGACUCCAUCACUGUAGACAGUCUACAGCUCAUCUAAAGGCCAGACAGAGACAACUCAGAACCAUGACCGGACCAUCAGAUAACCCUCACAGAACCCUCACACGACGAUCUAGAUAUUCUGAGGGUCAAAGAGACACGACUCAGAACUAUCACAGACCUGUCAUAGAACCAUCAAACAAGCCUCAAAGAUGUAUCUACAGCUACUGAGAGCCAGUGAGAGGCUCAACUAUUGGAGAACCAUGACAGAACUACCUGUGUGGGCUGUGGGAGUGUACUGACUCUUGACUGGCAGAGAGCAUGUUUUACUGACAUCCUAUUGGGGUGAAUGUAUGGGGAGCAGUAGAAGAUUAAACUGUGAUCUAGUGAACUACAGCAGUGUAGGAACACUGGUCUGGUUCUCAUUGUUGAGUAUAAAAACGAUUGUCUACAAUUGCAGCAGGCAGGACAACAGUAGGUGUUCGUAACACAUUUGGUCUGGAGGAGUGAAUGAUCUCAUGUUCAGAAAGACUGGGCAGAGCCAGUCAGUGGGGGUGGAGAGGUUGUUGUGACAGAUGUGAAUCGAGGGCCAUUUCCUGUGUUUGUCAUGUUCUUGACUGCCCAUGGAUGUUCAUUCAGUGCUUGUCUGUAAUAUGUGAUUUUUACUUUGAAAACAAUGACUGUUCCUCUUUUUGCUGUAAAUAGAUAAAUUAAUGAUUAAAUGAUAUUUGAUAAUA